UCUCUGGUGGCGUACAAAGCAACGGAGUCGGCACUUCAGCAGCAACACAAGCGUCGCCACCAUCACCAGCUGCCUGAGGAAUCCAUCAGGCGAAGAUGGCCACAGUCGCAACUCAAGCGUCGGUCGCCGCCCUGCGGCCAUGCAGCUCCAGGUCGAGAUUCAUGACCGGGUCUUCCGGCAAACUGGCGAGGGAAUUCGCGGCCAGAUCCUCGCCGUCCUCAUCCUACAGGUCCCUCAAGGUGGAAGCCAAGAAGGGCGAAUGGCUCCCGGGCCUCGCUUCGCCUACCUACCUCGACGGCAGCCUGCCGGGCGACAAUGGAUUCGACCCUCUGGGGCUGGCGGAGGACCCCGAGAACCUCAGGUGGUACGUGCAGGCGGAGCUCGUGAACGGGCGCUGGGCCAUGCUGGGGGUAGCGGGGAUGCUGCUGCCGGAGGUCUUCACCAAGAUCGGCAUCAUCAACGCGCCGCAGUGGUACGACGCCGGCAAGGCCGAGUACUUCGCGUCCUCCUCCACCCUCUUCGUCAUCGAGUUCAUCCUCUUCCACUACGUGGAGAUCAGGAGGUGGCAAGACAUCAAGUACCCUGGAAGCGUCAACCAGGACCCCAUCUUCAAGAACUACAGCCUGCCGCCCAAUGAGGUCGGUUACCCUGGGGGCAUCUUCAACCCCCUCAACUUCGCCCCCACGCUGGAGGCCAAGGAGAAGGAGCUCGCAAACGGGAGACUGGCGAUGUUGGCCUUCCUGGGGUUCAUCAUCCAGCACAAUGUGACUGGCAAAGGGCCAUUCGAGAACCUGCUGCAGCACCUUUCCGACCCAUGGCACAACACUAUCAUUCAGACAUUCCAGGGUUAGGAUUGCCCGUGAAGAUUUCUGUUGCCUCUUUGUCCUCUGCUGUAACAACAAGUUCAUGUGGCUUCAAGUGAGAUAAUUGGAAGGAACAGUACUGCCAUGUAUAGUGGAGAUUGAAAUGUGCUGUUGUGGUUCUCAUCGUAUGUUUUAGUUGCUUCUAAUUGCAUAUCUGUUGACCAGAA